CUAGAGUCUAGCUAGGGGUUUAAGUGAUCGGCUCCCCCCUCCCCCCGCCGUUCGUUCAUUUCUUAACUUAGUUCCAUCUUUUUCUGCUUUGCAGCGCGUCUCGUGCGGGUAGUGAUUAAUUAUUAUCCUUUUGGUUGGCUUGAUGGUUAGAUACAAAUACGGCUGUCUGACUGUGUCUGAUGAAUUCUGCUCAUCCCUGGAUUUGAUCUCCAUCCCUUCCAUUCCUUCCCUUUCUUUCUUUCCUUCUAGGCUGCUUGGCGAUUGGGGUUACUAGGGGUCAUAUACGACUCUAAGAAGCAUAAGGCUUCACUUCUCUUCGUCUUCACCAUGCGCUUCUUCAAGGAGGAAAAGACGACCACCGAGACCAACCAUGAGGUCUCUGUAUCUGCCGAGUCCCAGACCAAGGAAGUCGUCUCUGGCCAUGACGACGGCGUCUUCUACAGCUCAGACCAGUCCCGACUGAGUCUGGAAGCGCAAAACGAGAAAGAAAUCGAGGCCCACCCGGACCAAGUCACCAAGGAUGCCCAGCUGGGUGUGCAGAAAGCUGAAGCCGCGGCCCUAGUCUGGAGUAAGAAAGCUGUCUAUGCUACUUAUGCUUGGAUCUGGGUAUGCUUCUUCCUCCUCGCCCUCAACAACUCCAUCAGCGGCACCGUCAUCAACCGCGCCUACGCCGACUUCAAGGCCGCCCCCCAAGUCAGCACAGCCAGUAUCCUCUACAGCAUCAUCGGCGGCGUGCUGAAGUUGCCGAUCGCGAAGACAUUGAACAUCUGGGGCCGUGCCGAGGGUUUAAUCGUGUGGGUGGUCAUCUACACCAUUGGAUUGAUUGUGCUGGCUGCGUGUGAUGGUCCGGAUUCUUAUGCUGCGGGCUAUGUACUCUUCUACGUGGGCUACUCGGGUAUCUAUCUCGUACUGGACGUUUAUAUCGCCGAUACGUCCGGCUUGCAGAACCGGGCGUUUACGUUCGCCUUCGCUAGUACCCCGUUCAUCUGUACCGCGUUUACGGGCCCUCUGGCGGGUGAGUCGUUCCUCAAGGUGGCGACGUGGCGCUGGGCGUAUGGCGUGUUUGCUAUCGUAAUGCCGGUGGUGUUUGCGCCGUUGGUGGUGGUGUUGAAGUAUUAUCAGCGCAAGGCGGAGAGCAUGGGGCUGUUGAAGAAGGAGGACAGUGGAAGGACGACGAUGCAGUCCAUUGUUCACUACAUUCAUGAGUUUGACUUGAUCGGCGCCUUUCUGCUCAUGGCCGCAUGGGUCCUGCUCCUCCUCCCCUUCAGUCUGCAACAGUACGGACGCGCGCAAUACAAGAGCGCCAAGUUCAUCGCCAUGAUCAUCGUCGGCUUCUGGCUGCUGGUUGCGUUCGCCGUGUGGGAGAAAUGGUUCACGCGCAAGCACUUCGUGCGGUAUGAGUUGCUGCGACAGCGCACUGUGCUAGGAGCGUGCAUCAUGUCCGCGGUGUCGUAUUUCAGCUUCUACUGCUGGGAUCUGUACUUCUACGACUUUUGCAUCGUGGUGUUCAACCUCAGCGUCUCGAUGACCGGCUACAUGACGCAGAUCUACAACGUCGGAUCAUGUUUCUGGGGCGUCGUCUUUGGUCUCUGGAUCCGCUACACCAAACACUUCAAGUACACUUGUCUGUUCUUCGGACUGCCGCUGCUCUGUCUGGGUGCCGGACUGAUGAUCCAUUUCCGCGGCGAAGGUGGCAACGAUAUCAACUACGUGAUCAUGUCGCAGAUCUUCAUUGCAUUCGGCGGCGGUACGAUCGUCAUUGGUGAUGAUAUGGCGGUGAUGGCUGCUGCGGAUCGCGAGGGCGUGCCCAUGAUGUUGUCGCUGUUAGGGCUGUUUUCCAGUCUGGGCGGCGCUAUUGGGUAUGCUGUUGCUGCGGCGGUGUAUACCAAUAUCUUCCCGCAGGCGUUGGAGGGUCGUCUUCCUGCGGAUUUGAAGUCGAAUGCGACGGAGAUUUACCUGGGAGGGUAUACGACGCAGAUGACCUAUCCGGUGGGAUCGCCGACCCGGACUGCGGUGGAUUAUGCGUGGGGAAGAAGUCAGAUGUAUGGGUCUGUUGCUGGCACGGCGAUUUUGGCGUUGGGAUUCCCGGCGAUUGCGGUUUGGAAGAAUUACCGGACUGAUAAGAAGCAGAAUAAGGGUACGAUGAUUUAGUUGGAUAUGUACCUGUUGAUGGGUAGUGAGAGGGGGUGUUGGUAUUGGGUGUGUUGUUACUUUCUUACAAUCUUAUUGUUCUACCUUAAUAUCCCUGUAUUAUUACUCAAGGUUUAAUCUAUU